UAUUUCCGGCCCUGAUGCGGAGCGCGGGGCGGGUGUUGCAGCCGCUAUGGAGGGCUUCUCUUGGUAGCGCCCGAAGCCUGGCAGAGCGGGCCGGCUUUCUGCUCUUGUAACCAGGAGUAGCUUCUAGGGCGCCUCAAGCCGGGGCGGCCUGGCGCAGCGGUGAGGCGGAGCUGCUUUGUGGCCUGUUGGAUUCCUAGCAGACGUUUACCUGUCCAAGGCAGUAGUGAAAAUGCAUGUUAAGUCAAUCAUCCUUGAAGGAUUUAAGUCCUAUGCUCAGAGGACUGAAGUCAAUGGUUUUGACCCCCUCUUCAAUGCUAUCACUGGUUUAAAUGGUAGUGGGAAAUCCAACAUAUUGGACUCCAUCUGCUUUUUACUGGGCAUCUCCAACCUCUCUCAGGUUCGGGCUUCUAAUUUACAAGAUUUAGUUUACAAAAAUGGGCAGGCUGGUAUAACCAAAGCCUCAGUGUCAAUCACAUUUGAUAAUUCUGACAAAAAGCAAAGCCCUUUAGGAUUUGAGGUUCAUGAUGAAAUUACAGUAACAAGGCAGGUGGUUAUUGGUGGUAGAAAUAAAUAUUUAAUCAAUGGAGUAAAUGCAAACAAUACCAGAGUACAAGAUCUCUUCUGUUCUGUUGGCCUUAAUGUUAACAACCCUCACUUUCUCAUCAUGCAGGGCCGAAUUACAAAAGUAUUGAAUAUGAAACCUCCAGAGAUUUUGUCCAUGAUAGAAGAAGCAGCUGGAACCAGGAUGUAUGAGUACAAAAAAAUAGCUGCCCAGAAAACUAUAGAAAAAAAAGAGGCUAAGCUGAAAGAAAUUAAGACGAUACUUGAAGAAGAGAUUACUCCAACUAUUCAAAAAUUAAAAGAGGAAAGAUCUUCCUACUUGGAGUACCAAAAAGUAAUGAGGGAAAUAGAACAUUUGAGUCGUUUAUAUAUUGCCUAUCAGUUUUUGCUGGCUGAAGAUACAAAAGAACGCUCAGCCGAGGAGUUAAAAGAAAUGCAAGAUAAAGUUGUAAAGCUUCAAGAAAAAUUGUCUGAGAAUGAUAAAAAAAUAAAAGCACUUAGUCAUGAAAUAGAAGAGUUGGAAAAAGGAAAAGAUAAGGAAAUUGGAGGUAUACUCCGAUCUUUAGAAGAUGCUCUUGCAGAAGCUCAGCGAGUUAAUACUAAAUCUCAAAGUGCCUUUGAUCUCAAGAAGAAAAAUCUGGCAAGUGAAGAGAACAAACGCAAAGAGCUAGAGAAAAAUAUGAUUGAGGAUUCUAGAACUUUAGCAGCAAAGGAAAAAGAGGUUAAAAAGAUAACAGAUGGGCUGAACGCCCUUCAGGAAGCAGGUAACAAAGAUGCUGAAGCUUUGGCUGCUGCACAGCAACACUUCAAUGCUGUUUCCGCUGGCCUGUCGAGCAGUGACGAUGGGGCCGAAGCAACUCUUGCUGGUCAAAUGAUGGCCUGUAAGAAUGACAUAAGUAAAGCUCAGACAGAAGCCAAACAGGCGCAGAUGAAGUUGAAACAUGCUCAACAAGAAUUAAAGACUAAACAGGCUGAAGUUAAGAAGAUGGAUAGUGGCUACAGGAAGGAUCAAGAAGCUUUAGAGGCUGUGAAGAAACUUAAAGAAAAACUUGAAGCCGAAAUGAAAAAGCUAAAUUAUGAAGAAAACAAAGAGGAAGGACUUCUGGAAAAGCGCAGGCAGCUAUCUCGUGAUAUCAGUAGAUUGAAAGAAACAUAUGAAGCUCUCUUAGCCAGAUUUCCUAAUAUUCAAUUUGCCUACAGGGAUCCAGAGAAGAACUGGAAUAGAAAUUGUGUGAAAGGACUUGUAGCUUCCCUGAUUAGUGUGAAAGAUACUUCUGCAACCACAGCUUUAGAAUUGGUGGCUGGGGAACGGCUCUACAAUGUUAUAGUAGACACAGAGAUUACUGGAAAAAAGUUACUAGAAAAGGGGGAAUUGAAACGUCGAUACACUAUAAUUCCACUCAAUAAAAUUUCAGCCCGAUGUAUUGCUCCAGAAACUCUGAGGGUCGCUCAGAAUCUUGUUGGUCCUAACAAUGUUCACGUGGCUCUUUCCCUGGUUGAAUACAAACCAGAACUUCAGAAAGCAAUGGAAUUUGUCUUUGGAACAACGUUUGUUUGUAAUAAUAUGGAUAAUGCAAAAAAAGUGGCCUUUGAUAAAAGGAUAAUGACUAGAACUGUAACUCUAGGGGGUGAUGUGUUUGAUCCUCAUGGGACAUUGAGUGGAGGUGCUCGAUCCCAGGCAGCUUCUAUUUUAACCAAGUUUCAAGAACUCAAAGAUGUUCAAGAUGAGCUGAGAAUCAAGGAGAAUAAGCUACAGACUCUAGACGAGGAAUUAGCAGGUCUUAAAAACACAGCUGAAAAGUAUCGCCAACUAAAACAGCAAUGGGAGAUGAAAACUGAGGAGGCAGAUUUAUUGCAAACGAAGCUUCAGCAAAGCUCAUAUCAUAAGCAACAAGAAGAAUUAGAUGCUCUUAAAAAAAUCAUUGAGGAAAGUGAGGAGACCUUAAAAAAUACCAAAGAAAUUCAGAAAAAAGCAGAAGAAAAAUAUGAAGUAUUGGAGAAUAAAAUGAAAAAUGCAGAGGCUGAAAGGGAGCAAGAACUGAAGGAUGCUCAGGAAAAACUGGAUUUUGCCAAAACGAAAGCAGAUGCUUCUAGUAAGAAAAUGAAAGAAAAACAACAGGAAGUUGAAGCUAUCACUCUGGAGCUGGAAGAGCUCAAGAGAGAGCACGCAUCCUAUAAGCAACAGCUUGAAGCUGUAAAUGAAGCUAUCAAAUCCUACGAAGUACAGAUUGAAGUAAUGGCAGCUGAGGUGGCUAAAAAUAAGGAGUCUGUAAAUAAAGCCCAAGAAGAGGUGACCAAGCAAAAAGAAGUGAUAACAGCCCAAGACAACGUAAUUAAAGCUAAAUAUGGCGAAGUAGCAACACAUAAGGAACAAAACAAUGAUUCUCAGCUUAAAAUUAAGGAACUGGACCACAACAUCAGCAAACAUAAACGGGAAGCUGAAGAUGCUGCUGCAAAGGUCUCCAAAAUGUUGAAAGACUAUGACUGGAUUAAUGCAGAGAAACACCUCUUUGGGCAACCUAAUAGUGCCUAUGAUUUCAAAACCAACAACCCAAAAGAAGCUGGUCAGAGACUUCAGAAGUUGCAAGAAAUGAAGGAGAAACUGGGGAGAAAUGUCAACAUGAGAGCUAUGAAUGUUCUGACAGAAGCUGAAGAGCGGUAUAAUGACUUGAUGAAGAAGAAGAGAAUUGUAGAAAAUGACAAAUCCAAAAUCCUUGCAACUAUAGAAGACCUUGACCAGAAGAAAAACCAAGCCCUAAAUAUUGCUUGGCAAAAGGUGAACAAGGACUUUGGGUCUAUUUUUUCUACUCUCUUGCCUGGUGCUAAUGCUAUGCUUGCACCACCAGAGGGGCAAACUGUAUUGGAUGGUUUGGAGUUCAAGGUUGCUUUAGGAAAUACUUGGAAAGAAAACCUAACAGAACUUAGUGGUGGUCAGAGGUCGUUAGUAGCUUUGUCAUUAAUAUUAUCCAUGCUCCUCUUCAAACCUGCUCCAAUUUAUAUCCUGGAUGAGGUAGAUGCAGCCUUGGACCUUUCUCACACCCAGAAUAUUGGACAGAUGCUGCGUACUCAUUUCACACAUUCUCAGUUCAUUGUGGUGUCACUGAAGGAGGGUAUGUUCAACAAUGCAAAUGUCCUUUUCAAAACCAAGUUUGUGGAUGGUGUUUCUACAGUAGCCAGAUUUACUCAGUGUCAAAAUGGAAAGAUUCCAAAGGAAACCACAUCCAAGGCAAAAGGACCCAAAUGACCACAUCUGGAAGUUAAAAGUACAAAUUUACUCCUUCACCUUGACCUGUUUUUUAAACAAAGAACUUUGGCUUUACUUAUUUAUGUAAAAAUGUAAUGUUUUGUUACUUAACCCGUAUCUUCUCUUCCUUUAUGUAAUCACUUAUAAAUGAGUAUAGAUUCCUCUCUUCUUAAUUAGUGUAACUGUGGUCCAAUUACUGUGAUUGUGAUUUUAUGCAUGUCCUCAAACGUUUUCUUACACAAUUCUUUUAUAUAUAUAUAUUGGGGAGCCUGAGAUACAUGGUUGGUGGGUAAAUUCUGUUUGCAAAAUUAAAAAAUCAAAGAAACAUGAAAUUAAAUUAUAGGAUAAAUAUAGCUGAUAGUCAGCUUUUAAUUAGUUUAAUUCCUAAGGUAAUAUUAGUGUGUUUUCUGUUGUUAAGAAAGUCAUUUAGGUAAGGAAGACUUAUAAAGCAAGUAUCUGGACCAACAAUGGGAACACAAAGGAUGCUGUUAGGCAUGCAGGAGCUGUUUGUGGUUAGUUCUGUGAAGAUACAAUGCCAGAGCCCUGAUGUAGACUCAGUGAUGUUUGGAUAUCAUGUUUCUAUAUGCUUAGUAAUUGGUCUGUGCAAUCUUAAGUUUUUCAAAAGUCUUCACCGGUUUUUAAUAGAAGUCUGGGAGAAGGUCUGUUGCAUGCUGCCCUCCACAUUUAUCUGAAGUCUCCUGUUUUCAGAGAUUUUUGUCUGGCUUUUCAUAGUCCAAUCAGUACAGUCUAUUGGUGAAUGAGAAUGUAUUUAUUUUCCUUCAUUCUUAUACAUUUAUAAAAAGAUCCAUCUAUUUUACCAAAAGAACUCAAAAUUUGUUGAUUAUUAUAUUUCUUAAUGUCUUCUGCUUUCCAGUUCAAAAGGUUGAAUUUCCUUUAAGAACUCAAAAGAAGCACUACCACCCACCAUAAGAUUACUAUAUGUAGGUCCUGUUAUCUCUAGGUACAUUGCCAGAGCAGUGUCUCCAAACUUUGAAUCUUGAAAGCCCUCAUAUGAUCUAAUCCCAUCUUGAGUAUGUUAUUUUGGCCCCACAUCCCUUCUUGAUACUUGAGUCUUAUUAGUUCCUUUAUGUUAUCCUUCCUCUAUAUAUGCUUAUAGUUCUUGGCCUUGGCUUUAACAUUUCUCAUCCUUCCUUCUCAUGUCAGAUAACACAUCGGAAAGGAUUGAAUCUGGAGUUAGUUCUUGUCCAUUGUGGGAGGAGAGGGAGACAAAGCUGUAAAUGCUGAAGUACAGGAGGUCUAAUACCACAUAUGAGACAGACAGGAGUUUAUUUCCUCUCAAAUGCAUUGCAAAUUGUUUGCCAGUCAGUUCACACUUGCAGCAAGGUCACAUACCUGUUGACCACAACCCAGUCAGCACUGGCUAUUAGUUUUAUUACUUCUGAUUUGCUAGUUAUAAAAUGGUACUUCAUUGCUGUUUUAACUAGCACUUUCUCAAUAACUUGUGAGGUUGAAUAUUUUGCCAUACGAACCAGUUUUCUUUACUGCAUAUUUUCUGUGUUUGCUUCCCUAAUUUGUGUCAUAUAUAAUCUUGCUCUUGGAUGAAAAUCCUCAAACAUUAAAUUUUUGUUGAGUCAUGUUGUUCAUAUUCUUUGACUAGAAGAAGACAUGAAGGGGAAAUGAGGACAUUUAUUUCACAGAUCUGCAAUAAUAGGAGUAACUGACAUUUACUGAGCUCUUUUCUACAUCAGAUGCUAUUCUCAUUUGCACAUGUUCUCACAUUUGAGGUAAGUACUGUUGAUCAGCAUUAUAUAAUUGAGGAAACUGAGCAGACAAGUUAAGAAACUUGUUCACGGUGGCAACACAGUUAGAGGCAGAGCCAAGAUACCAGUCUUGGCAGCUGGUCUGCAGACUCUGAUAGAUUAUAUAUUACCCUUCUGAGAGGUGGAACAUUUGUGUGUGUUGUACGUAAUAAAUUUAAGACCCACCUCGAUGAGCAGUACGCAAAAUGUGAGAAAAUUAUUUUAGGAAGAAUGUCAAACAUUUGAAAAGGAUUCCUUUUUUUUGUUGGGUUUGGGCAUUUCAGGUACACUAACAAAGGCAAAAGCAAAAACUUGAGAAUCCCUUUUCUAAUAUGGCGAAGCAAUCAAAUAGGCCAGCCACUUCCACAAUCAUGUCAUCUGCAAAUCGGGGCAGGUUUUCUUCCUUUUCGAUCUGUGUGCCUUUUAUUUCCUUUUCUUAACUGCCCUGGCUUGAGGUUCCAGGCCAAUGUUGUGUAAGAGUAAUAAUGACAGCUGGCAUAUUACCUUUUCCCCAGAAUUCUGAGGAAAGCAUUCAGUCUUUCACCACCUAAAUGUUAGCUGUAGGCUUUUGGUUUACAUUCUUUAUCAAGAUAAGUUUCCUUCUAUUCCUAGUUUGAUCGCUUUUGUCAUGGAUGCGUUAUUGAAUUUUCAUUGCCCUUUCUGCAUUGAUUGAUAUGAUCAUGUAACUUCUUUAACCUGUUUAUAUUAUGAAUUACAUUACAUAAUUUUUGAAUAUUAAACCUACCUGGUAUUCCUAAAUUAAACCCCAUUUGGCCAUGGUCUAUAAUUCUUUUUAUGUAUAGGCAUACCUUGUUUUAUUAUGAUUCACGGAUAACUGCAUGUUUGUUUUUUUAUACAAAUUGAAGGUUUGUGGCAACUGUGCAGCAAGCAAGUCUGCCAGCACCAUUUUUCUGACAGCCUUUGUUCUCUUUGAGUCUGUCAGUUUGGUAAUUCCCAUGAUAAUUUCAAAUUUUUUCAUUAUUUGUUAUGGUGAUCCGUGAUCAGUGAUUACAACUCACUGAAAGCUCAGAUAGAUGAUGGUUAGCAUUUUUUAGCAAUAAGGUAUUUUUUAAUUAAGGUAUAUGCAUAUGCUGUCGCACAUUUAAUAGACUUAUAAAUAUUUUUAUAUGCACUGGGAAACCCCAAAUUUUGCCUUGUGAUACUUGCUUUGUUGUGGUUGUAUGGAACAGAACCUGAAAUAACUCCAGGGUAUGCCUUUAUUAGAGGAUUCUGUUUGCUGAUAGUUUGGUCAUGAUUUUUGUGUAUGUUCAUGAAGGACUUUGACCAGUAUGUUUUCUUUUUCUUUUCUGUUUUUCCCUACUGGCUUUCUUUGGUUUUGGGAUAAUGCUACCUUUAUAAAAUGAAUUGGGAAAUGUUCUUUCUUCCAUUUUCUGUAGAAUCAUAUAGAAUUUUUCUUAAUCCUUUAAAUAUUAGCAUUUUUCUGUGAAACUGGGCCUAGAGAUUGGGGGGUGGGAUGGGAGAAUGUAAAGUACAAUUUCUUUAAUAGUUAUGGGGCUACUUAAAUUUAUCUUUUAUAAUGGAUAGCUUUGUGUUUUUUUGUGGAAUUUUUUCCUCCUAAAUUGUCAAAUUUGUAAUUUGUUUAGCGGUCAUGGUAUUUCCUCAUUAUCCUUUUGAUGUCUUCAAGAUCUGAAGUGCUAUCACUUGUUUCAUUCCUGGUAUGGGUAAUUUAUGUUUUUUUCUCUAUGUCAAUCUUGCUGAAGUUUGUCGAUUUUAUUGUCUUUUCAAAGAACCAGUUUUUUGUUUCAUUGACUUACUUUAUUGCCUUUCAGUUUUCAAUUCUUUGAUUUCUGCUCUGUCCUUUUUUUCUGCUUGCUUUGGGCUUUGCUCUUUUCUAGCUUUAUGGUAGAAGGUUAGAUUAUUGACUUGAGACCUUUCUUUCUAGCAAGCUAUAUCAUUUAGCUUCAUCUCACAAAAUUUGGUAUGUUGCAUUUUCAUCUUUAAGUUCAAAAUAUAUUCUAAUUUGCUUUGACAUUUCUUCUGACUGUUGGAUUCUUUUGGAAUGUAUUUAAUUUCCAGGUAAUAUUUUCUUACAGAUUUCUAGUUUUUUCUGUUAUGGUCAGGAAUCCCUUUUUUGGGGGGGGGGGCGGUUAAAAAAAUGAUAGAUUUAGAAAACCAAAAGAGGUGCAAAUUCAAUGGUCUAAUAUUCCAUUUUCUAAAUAAAUAAGAACAAAGUAAAUAGAAAGGUGGAAAUAAUAAAAGGUAGAAGUCAGCAUAUAUAGGACCGAAGAACAGUGGAGAAAAAAUUAGUGAAACUGCUAACUGGUUCUCAAAAGAACAACAAAAUCAGUCUAAUAUCAAGAUGGAAAGAAGAGUUACUACUAUGGCUCUUACCUAAUUAAAAGGAUACCUAAAAAAAUUAUGAUUUUUUAUGCCAAUGCAGCAAUUUAGACAAAUUGGAAAGAUAAAACUCAACCAAAACUGACAAGAAUAGACAGAACCAGAAUAGCCUCACAUCUAUUAAUGCAAUUCAAAUGACUAUCCUCCCACAAGGAACACUUUAGUCCCAUGGGGUUUCACUUGUAAAUUUUACCAUUCAAGGAAGAAGUAAUAACAGUCUUUCAGAAAACAGAGGGGGAGAGGAACACUUUGAGAUUUGCAGACCACGGGCCUUAGGAGUGGAGGACCAAACUUCCCCAGAAGGUAAGGCCUAACUUCAUUCUCAUACAGAUGUCAGCGAGUCUGUUCAGGGUCAUGUCCACAUUCCACUCACCGCCUGGGCACCUGCUUGUUCUGCACAUAGCGCGCGCCUCCCCCCCCACCCCCCUCCUCCC